GGCCUUCUUAAAGGGGCUGCGCCCCCAUCUAGACUCGCAGAAGUCUGCUCUUUGCAGACCUGCCUGGGCAGGGAGUCCCGGGCCAGAGUCUCCGAUGCCACUGAGGAUAAAGAUCAGGAGGUGGCCGGGCUCUGGAGGCGGGGCCUCAGCCAGGGACCGUGGUUGCACCUGCUGAAGUCCCUCCCAACAAGUUUCGGGUGCAGUUUCUGGUCUCACCGUCAGGGGGAAGGGAGCCCGCUUGACCGCGAAUAAUAAAUAACAGCUAACGUUGAGUGCGCUGCGCAUGCCAACCUUCCACUCGCUGCUCAGCACCCUCCCCGCCCAAACCCUGUGAGGUGGGCAGGUGGCACUCGUUUUUCCCACGCUACAGAGGAGGAAACAAGAAGUUAAAAUUCCCAGCCGGGAUUCCCACUUAGGGCCAGAGCAGAGAUUUAAACAGAUUUUAAACCACCACUCCUAGAAGGGACGAAGCCUCUUUUAUUUAUUCUUCAGGGUUUUUGUUUUGUUUUUGUUUUCCAGACACGGUCUCGCUAUGUAGCCCUGGAAGUCACUAUGUAGACCAGGCUGAUCUUGCAGAGAUCCACCUGCUUCUGCUCUGUGGGGUGUCGUAGGGCUUUGUUACGUACUAGAGGAGCACUCUGGCCAGGGGACCCCAGCUUCAGCUCUAUGAUCAUUUGUUGUUUUACUCUUGUUUUGAGUCAGAGCCUCACUCUGUAGGCCUAGAGCGUGCAGCAGCUCUGCUGCUUCAGAUUCCCAGUUGCUGGGAUGUAAUCGUGUGCCGCCAUAUCCUGUUCAUGACUACCUUUUACCCAAAAAUACGCCCAGAGGUUAUGUGGUUCCCACGCAGGCUGUGCCCAUACAUGUGUGGUGAGUGGGUGAGAGUCCCACACAACGCCCCCCCCCAGCUACCAGAUGUUUCCACGCACAGGUGUGUCUUUGCGUGCCAUGGGGACGUAGGUGCUUCCUCGGACACUUCCCUGACAGGUGGACCUCAUACACAACAAGCCAGUGUGUGCAGCCCCCUCUGCGGAUGUCCUUCAGGGUGGCUGUAAGGCCUUCAAGAGCCAAAUUCUGCAAGGUGCUCUUUGUCCAGGUGUCUUUGCCGUGCAGGUAUGACUCGAAGCAGGGGUUUAUACAUUGCAUCCAGGUCCGCAUGUGUCUCUCUCUACAGAACUAGUCCCACACAGGUUGGUUGGCCGACUAAGCAUCGCCAGGUCUGACUUCAGGUGCGAAUUCUUCAGCGUUAGGCAUCGGAGCCCGCCCCUUACAGGUGCCGAGUCGCAGGUGCCGUCCUCGACCCAAGAUGCGGUAGGAAUUGGAGCCCUGGGGAAGUCCUGCCCUUGGCGCCACCAACUCGUCGCCCAAACUCAUGGCGACCCCAGGCCUGGGGCUGCUCUUGGCAUUUGGCCUGCCGAUGCUGCCCACGGGCUGGAGUCAAGCAACCCCAGCACCAGAUCCUUCCAAUAGCACAACUCCAUCCCCAGACCCUGGAUCCAGUGGGGGCCUGUCCCCAGAGGGCCUCGUGGCUAUCAUCGUGGUCUUUUCCAUCCUGGGAGUCAUCCUCCUAGCGGUGGGACUAUUCCUGCUGAUGCGGAAACUUCGAGAAAAGCGCCAGACGGAGGGCACCUACCGGCCCAGCAGCGAGGAGCAGUUUUCCCACGCAGCAGCUGAGGCCCGGGCCCCCCAGGACUCCAAGGAGCCAGUGCGGGGCUGCCUGCCCAUCUAGCUCCUUCCCCUCCUCCCCUGUCAGCCGUCUUCCCUACCUUGCUGUGUGACCUUGGGGGAAAGCAGCACCCUCUCUGAGCGAUCAGACUCACCCAGUGCUUAAGAAUAGAAGGGAAGAAAGUUCUUCAAAGACCUUGACUUUGAGGGCCAAGGAGGAUUGGGGCUGCUCACUUUUUAUAUAUUUAUAUGAAAUUGAUAGUAAGGUAUAAUAAAGGUUUCUUUUUUUUCUUUUUC